AUGGAUGUUUCAACUAAUAUCACCAAGCUCAGAGUUAUCUUUACGAGCGGAAUGCCUGCGAUGAACAGGAAUUGUAUUGGAUAUCCCGUUCUCGUUCCUCGAACGUCCUGCCUGUUCCCUGGACUUCACACUGAGGUGAAAUAUCAGUCUGUCGGGAAAAUAAUGUGGCCGAGCCUUGAAAUCGCCCAUCAUCGUAUUGUGACAGCUUGCCGCGGCUGAUUGGGGCAGGCCUGUGACGAGACGAAUCCACAUUAUUUUCCCGACAGACUGAUAAUGAAAGCAGAAGGACGCAUUUCACAACUAUGUAAGUUCUUUUUCAGAUCCUUGGAAUGAUUGCACGCAGGAUUGGCUUGGAAAUCGAGCCUGUGAUCAUCCUCCAAGAACAGCCAUAUGAGUAG